AUGUCCGACUUUCCCAAAACCAUCCGGUCGAUUGCGAUCGACAAGAAUGGGGACAUCGAUGUCUUGCAGGUGAAGACGGUACCCUUCCCCGCUGCGGCCCCGGGCGAUGUGAUUGUGAAGGUAGCAUAUGCAGGUGUUAACUUCAUUGAUACAUAUCACCGGAAGGGAAUCUACCCUAUCAAAUCGUUCCCCCAGACUUUGGGCAUGGAGGCAUCGGGUACCAUCGUUGGGCUGCCUACGGAUGAGAAGGUUCUCGCAGACGAGCAAUACAAGAAGCGCGGGUUCAAGGUUGGCGAUAAGGUAGCGUUGCUGCAAUUUGGCGUGCAUGGGGAAUACGCGUCUGUUCCCUGGGCAAAGGUCUAUUCUGUGCCCGAGUCUGUCUCUUUAAAGACUGCAGCAGCUGCUCUGCUCCAAGGGCUCACUGCUUUGACCUUCGUUACGGAGGCGUACAAUGUGAAGAAGGGCGACUACGUCUUUAUUCACACAAUCGCAGGAGGUCUGGGUCUCAUUUUCAGCCAGCUGGCGAAGCAACGCGGCGCGAUCGUGAUAGGGACUACAUCCACACCGGAGAAGGCAGCAGUCGCAAAAGCGCACGGCGCCGACCACGUCAUUCUAUACCCCACAGAGAACACUGUCGAGCGCGUGCUGGAGAUCACCAACGGCGAGGGCGUACAUGUCGUCUACGAUGGUGUCGGUAAAGAUACGUUCCUGAACGACUUCAAGCUUGCGAGACGCAAAGCGACUAUCGUGGUGGUCGGUGCCGCCUCGGGGCCAGUGGAACCUAUUCCACCUCUCAAGUUGGUGGAGAAGAACCUAGCUUUACUCCGCCCCACGUUGAUGAACUACACAUACACCCCCGAAGAAGCGCUUCACUACGGAUCGGAACUCUUCAGCCUCAUCGCAACAGGGGUGGUCAAAAUCAACAUCUUCAAGGAGUAUCCAUUCACGACUGAGGGCGUACAGGAAGCACAAACCGAUCUGACGACACGGAGCGGGAAGACAAUUGGGAAGUUGGUAAUUAAGAUCGCAGGCAACUGA